AUGGAAGACGUACGCUGUGUACGCUGCGAGACGACGGCUGAGAUCUUCGAGGCCACCGAGGCGUACGACGAUGGCUUUACGAACUUGUCCCUGGGCUCCUUCCAUGAUUACCUCCGCAGCGCUGCGGCUGUUGAACCAUCCGAGCCCGCAUACUUCUUCGCUGUCUAUCGAGGAGAUGAUCUUUUGCUUACCCUUGCACAUCACGCGCUCUCCCGCGCGGCUUGGCAGCUCGUGUGUCCCCAGAGUGCGGACCAGCUCCUGACCCCAGCACUUCUCGAUGCCGCUACUCAGCAACUCGCCGUUUCACUUCUCGCAGCGACCCACCCGAACGUUCUAACCAGCGUUAACGGACACGAUGGAGCCGUGAAGGCCUUCAUGAAGGCCUGGCAGACGCUCGUUGAGAAGGAGGGCACACAUCUUCGCAUCGCACCGAAACCCAUCAUGGUGACACGUUCGAGCUAUGCGACUCGGGAAAGCCUCACCCCAUCCCCGAACACGCCCCACAGUUUCAACCUCACGCCAGCUACCGAGGGCGACUUCGAAGAGAUUUUCCCCUGGCACCUGGACUUCAUGUCAUGGGGCCCUACCCGCCCUUUGGCCGUGGAAGAGGCCGAUCUACGGCGCACCAUCGCCUCCGGCACGAUGUGGAUCUGUCGCGACGGACGCUCUAGAGCAGGUUAUAUAGUCACCUCUAGGAGCACCCCGCGCACCAUUGCGAUCCGCAACGUCUACGUCCCCCCGGCACAUCGCCGCAAGGGCGUCGCCUCAUUCAUGGUGAGGGCGAUGUCCCGCUACCACCUUGGAGUGCGGCCGGCGGGAUACGAGGGCAUCCCGGAAGGUCUUCCCGAAACCGGCGUGAAGGACUUCGUCUGCCUCAAUGUGGCGGAGCCCGGCGCCGAGAGGAUCUACCGCCGCGCAGGCUUCCUGUUCCCGGAACCUACGGAGGACGGCUCCUCGCGCGGAGGGCUCGACCCCGUGUCCGGGCAGGAGGCUUGGUACCCUUCUGUGUGGCUCGGCUUCGAGCCGCAAUCAGCUCCUUAAAGGCGUCUUUGCCGGCGGGAACAUAUCGACGAGAGCUUCCGUGCUCGAACCUGUGGCAGGGUGGGGCUGUAUCCGCAACUUUGACCUUUCAACUCUCCGAGUCCGGCGAACCACAACGGACGUGUCUUGGAACACUUGAGCGGCAUCUGCUAUUCGUGUGUUGAUGAUGUUCGUCGUUAUGAGUUCUUGCAUGCUAUGGCGCCGCGUGGCCCUCAGAC